UCGGACAACUUUAGCAGCACAAGACACUUACUGGAACUGCUCACACAAACCUCCCUCCUCCGUUGAAUCUCACCGGAAUUUCAAACUCCGGCAACCACCUUUCCCCUGAUUCCGGCAACCCCUUAUACCCUUUUCCUGAUUCCAGCUCACUCCCUUCCCCCCUUUGACUCUCCCUCCCGAAACUGACGAGCGGAGAAGACCACCGGAGCUGGUGGGUACAACCGAACGGUGCAUGAUGGGAUCUUGCAUAAUUCCGUUGGAGACUCCGGCGAGGUUACUUUGGACCACUAGCUUCUUCCGCCAUAAGCUGAUGAUCUUUUAAUCCAUUCACAAACACAAAUCACAACGUUUCUGAUUCUCAAAGUUACUACUAGUAAGACAGAGAGAAAGAAAGAAAACACACACACACACACACGAAGCAAACAGCAAACAAAGCCUUAACGUUGUUGUAAAUCUCUCUCACCGGAGAGAGAAGGAAAGAGUGAGUGAGUGACCGACCAUGGAGUCUGGACGUCUUUACUUUGACAACAAUCGUGGGAACAACAUGAACACGUUCUUCCUUGGGAAUGCUGAUCUUGGUUUUCGAGGAAGAUCGAUGAUGAGCAUGGAGGAAGGCUCAAAGAGGCGACCUUUUUUCAGCUCACCAGACGAACUGUAUGAUGAGGAGUACUACGAGGAGCAGUCGCCGGAGAAGAAGCGCCGCCUCACUUCUGAGCAGGUCAAUCUGCUGGAGAAGAGCUUUGAGGAAGAGAAUAAACUGGAACCAGAGAGAAAGACCCAAUUGGCCAAGAAGCUGGGGUUGCAGCCAAGACAGGUGGCUGUGUGGUUUCAGAACCGAAGGGCUCGUUGGAAGACCAAGCAACUUGAAAGGGAUUAUGAUGUUCUCAAGUCUUCCUAUGACUCUCUACUUGCAACAUAUGAUACCAUUGCCAAGGAGAAUGAGAAACUCAAAUCUGAGGUGGUAUCCUUAAAUGAAAAGCUUCAAGUUCAAGCUACAGAGAUGCCAGGGGAGCCACCAUCAGACAAGAAAGCUGACCCACUUCCCGUGGAUAUGGUCCAAAUUUUCAGCAUGAAGGUGGAGGACCACAUGAGUUCUGGGAGCGUUGGAAGUGCGGUGGUGGACGAGGGCAGUCCCCAGCUUGUUGUCGACAGUGUUGAUUCAUACUUUCCAGCUGACAACUACGUUGAAUGUGUGGUGGCCCCGGCGGCCGAAAGAGUUCAAUCAGAGGAGGAAGAUGGGAGUGAUGAUGGGAGGAGUUACUUGGACGUGUUUGUGAUAUCUGAAACCGAGCAGCAGAAUCAUGAGAAUGGAGAGGGAUUGAAUUGGUGGGGUAACAUGUAUUAUGUUGCAUAAGCAACAGUGCUUUUUCAAUUAGUUGUUAAACUAAGAUAAGGUAAGAAUAUUGUAUAAUUAGAAGAUAUAUCAUGUGGGCCAGGAUGAAGAGCUAAAACGUCUGGUUUGGGUGGCCUUUAGUGUCCUUAGGCCAAGCUUAAUAAAUAAAGUUCCAGUAACUUGGUCAAUGGCGUCCUGUGUUGUAUUUCCUAGUGGACAAUAAGUAUUCUCUUGUUCAAGUAUAAAAACAUGGUUAAGAACA